AGUCAGCAGGAGAUGCGUGGAAGGAUGGGAGCGAUCGAUGUUCUCUGCGAUCGGCUUGCACAGGUGACCCGGAAGCGAAGCGUCAUCGCGCUUAGAACUUCACGGAGGGGCUUCAGGCCGCAGCGAUGAUGGCUGCGGAGGACCAGGGCUACCCAACGACGUCCAUUGAGGACGAUUUUAACUAUGGCAGCAACGUGGCAUCGGCCAGCGUGCACAUCCGCAUGGCUUUCUUGAGGAAAGUCUACAGCAUAUUAUCAGUUCAAGUUUUCUUGACCACCGUGACCUCUGCUGUUUUUCUGUACUCCACCACAAUUCGGACAUUUGUACACGAGAGCCCUGGUGUACUUCUGCUGUCCUUGCUUGGCUCUUUGGCUGUGAUUGUGGCAUUGACUAUAUACAGACAUCAGCAUCCAGUUAAUUUAUAUCUUCUCUUUGGAUUUACUCUUUUGGAAGCACUGACUGUUGCUAUCACCGUGACUUUUUAUGAAGUAUCUGUUGUCCUGCAAGCCUUUAUUCUGACGACGGCUGUAUUUCUGGCUCUCACUGUAUACACUUUACAAUCCAAACGGGAUUUCAGCAAAGCUGGAGCCGGGCUGUUUGCUUGCUUAUGGAUUCUUCUCCUUUCAGGUUUUCUAAGGAUCUUCUUCUACAGUGAAGUCGCUGAGCUGGUAUUUGCCGCUGCAGGUGCACUUCUGUUCUGUGGAUUUAUUAUCUAUGACACUCAUCUCCUAAUGCACAAACUGUCUCCUGAAGAAUACAUACUGGCUGCAAUCAACCUCUAUUUGGAUGUCAUCAAUCUGUUUCUGCAUCUGCUGCGCUUGCUGGAAGCGUUUAAUAAAAAGUAAUUGGGAGCUGUCCUUCAAAACUGUGA